ACCUCCCGCGGCGCCCGGGCCUGGCCGGCGAGAUAAGCCCCCCCUCCCCGGGGACCCGGCCCAGCCUGGGAGGGAGGCGGCUGUCCUCGCCUGGGGUCCCUGUCAGGGUGGGCGCCCGAGUGCCCGGCGGAGCAAACCCUCCCUUGGACUCCUCUGCCGCAGCCGGGCUGGGCUCAUCACCCCGUCCCUGCCCGCGCCUCUGCCCCCCGUGCAUCCGCAGUGGGGAUCGCUAUUAGGAUAGCACCCAAAGCCCCAGUCAGGGUAAGGGCCCCAGGGUGCUGGCUGGGCACCCUACAAACACCUAGCACCAGAGACAGCGACUGCUCGCAGGAGCUCCAGCGCCGGGGGAGACGACGGGCGAUGUGAGAAACAGCUGUAAGUUCGCAUGUGGUCACAGAGUCCAGAUUUCUGCAUCUGGCUCUUAUAAUCUGGGACAAGAAUGAUCCGGCCCGCUUCUAGUGACUCAGACAGACAGCUCAAUCUAUUGGCAGAAUUUUUAUGCCCAGCUCUCAUUCUUAGCAGCUUUCUAACAGAGAUUCAUUUGAAACCCAAUUUACAAUACAGAAUUACUCUUUAUACCCAUUUCAUUAUAAAAAGCCGUUUAUCCAACGAUCAGGUUGGCUUCCAGGAAAGUGGAUCUACUUUCAGAAAUACUUUUUUUCCAGAAAGGCACCAAACUUUCCUUUUCUGUUCAGAGCUCGAGAGAAUGGCAUAAAUCAAAUGGCACAAACUCUAGAUUUUGUGAAAAUGAGCACAUGCAAAUCCUAAAAAGAGAAUUUUGUUUUUAGUUCCAACUAAAAGAGUUAUUUAUAAAAAUACACUCUCCCUUGCAACCCAAACAUCACAGCACUGAGAGCCUGAAAAUAAAACAGACUCAAAACAAAAGUGAAACUGAUUUCAUUGUCCAAGCUGAGAGAAAUACAAAAUGUAAACAAACAUAAGCAAUGAAAUGUAAAUUUUAAAAAAAUUAUUAUUUUUAAUAAUCUAAAAUGUUAUUAGUAACUUAGGGAAGAAAAUGUUUAGAAAGUUACUGUUGUUUUAAAUCCAUAGUAUCCCUUUAACCUGCAGGGGAUGGACUUUGAUUAGCAUUACUCUGAACUCAUUUAAGUGAUUACUGCCAGGUCAACAAAGAAGACUGAAUGGAAUUGUCUCCAGUUACUGAACUCAGAACUCCUCUUAAUGCCUGACAAUGGCCUUCAAGCACAAAAACGCAAAACGAAUUGAAGGGCUUGAUGUCAAUGUAUGGGUUGAAUUUACUAAGGUGGCUGCAGACCCCUCAGUUGUUAAUCUUGGUCAAGGCCUUCCAGAUAUAUCCCCUCCUAGCUAUGUUAAAGAAGAGCUAGCCAAGGCAGCGACAGUUGAUAAGCUGAACCAGUACACACGUGGCUUUGGCCAUCCAUUGCUGGUGAAAGCCUUGUCCCAGGUAUAUGAGAAGGUUUGUGGAAGGAAGAUUGAUCCUUACACAGACGUCUUGGUGACAGUGGGAGGAUAUGGAUCUCUGUUUAGUGCAAUACAGGGGUUAAUUGAAGCGGGAGAUGAAGUGAUAAUAAUAGAGCCAUUUUUUGACUGUUAUGAGCCCAUGGUGAAGAUGGCAGGAGGAAAACCUGUUUUUAUCCCAUUGAGAUAUAAAACUGUUAUUGGGAACUCUGCAUCUAGUGCUGAUUGGGUCUUAGAUGCCACUGAACUUGCAAGUAAAUUUAAUUCCAGAACAAAAGCUAUUCUACUGAAUACUCCUCACAACCCUAUAGGCAAGGUAUUUACCAAAGAAGAACUCCAGGUAAUAGCUGAUCUCUGUAUUAAACAUGACACCCUGUGCUUCAGUGAUGAGGUGUAUGAAUGGCUGGUGUACAAAGGAAAUAAACACAUUAAAAUAGCUACACUGCCAGGCAUGUGGGAGAGAACAAUAACUAUAGGAAGUGCUGGAAAGACAUAUAGUGUAACUGGCUGGAAGCUUGGAUGGUCCAUUGGUCCACAGCAUUUGAUAAAACAUUUGCAAGUUGUUCAGCAGAAUACGCUGUAUGCAUGCCCAACUCCGCUACAGGAGGCGUUGGCACAAGCUCUUUGGAUCGACUUUAAACGCAUGGAUGACCCAGACUGCUACUUCUACUCGCUGUCUCGAGAGUUGGAAGGCAAGCGUAAUCGGAUGGCUCAGCUACUCCAAGAAGUUGGAUUGAAACCUGUCAUUCCAGAUGGAGGAUACUUCAUGAUUGUUGAUGUUUCUGCACUUAAUGUGGAUCUGUCUGAUAUGGAGGCGAAUCAACAUUAUGAUUAUAAAUUUGUGAAAUGGAUGAUAAAAUCUAAGAAACUGUCAGCAAUUCCUCUUACAGCAUUCUGUGGCCCAGACACCAAAAAGCAGUUUGAGAAAUAUAUACGUUUUUGCUUCAUCAAACAAGACAGCACACUGGAUGCAGCUGAGGUGAUCCUGAAGAACUGGAAUAAACCUACAUCUUGAUUUUUAUAUUUGUAUUAAUUAUUCCAUCUAGCAUAAUUAUUUUAUACAUAGGUAUUUCAUUAUACCAUUAAAAGCCAAUGUACUCUAAAUACAGUACAUGAUUCAUAUGAAAUUACAAAUAACUCUGGGAGACUACCUGCCGAGUAGCCAGAAUAACAAUUUAUCCAUUGCAAAUAAUGUGAUCCAAGGAACUAUUUUCAGUCUUGCCAAAGUAUUGGCUAUUUCACAAAAUAAUUACAUGAAUCCACAUUUUGGGGGUGGGGGUGGGUGGGAGAUUUACUGGGGCACUGAAAAAAUAAACAGUGUUAGGGCUUAGGAGGAAGAAGUCAGAAUUAGAAGAAUAAGAGCUGUUCUGAUGUAAUGGUAUAGGAGCCCGUUGGAAAUAGCAGCAUUUGAAGCUGGAAUGUUGGGUUUCACAUUUUAUCAUAGCUUGAUGUGAAGGGAAAUUAAGAAAUGCUUUGAAAUGGUGCAUGUUAGCUAGCUCCAGGGACUUAGGUUAUGAACACACACACACAACAAAAUUGAUUUAGUUUAAACCAAUGCAAUUUUUGGUGAGCAGACCGU